GAAAAGUCUAGAACCCUACAGACCAUCUCCAUCUGUAUUUUCCUUCCCCUCAAGAACAUUCUUCGGACUCUUGUGCCUUCUUGCUCAGAAAGAAAACUAAGGAUUGCUAAAAAUGGGCGGGCUUCCAAUUGACAAUCCUUCCUCUGUUAUCUCUUUGCAAUCACAGAAAGACAAGGCAUCGCCUGAUACUGCUUCAAAACCAAAGAAGAAGAUAUGUUGUGCUUGCCCGGAGACCAAGAAGCUGAGGGAUGAAUGCAUUGUGCAAAAUGGUGAAGAAUCUUGUGGAAAAUGGAUUGAGGCUCAUCGGAGAUGCCUUCGCGCAGAGGGAUUCAAUGUCUGAACUAUAGUUUGAGUGGACUAUUAGCUAAUGGACCAUCACGGUACUAUGCAAUAACCUCCCUACUCUGCCUUUGAAGCUGAAUUAAUUCUUCUCAUGCUCAUAUAAUUCAAAACCAAAAUUGAAGAAUAAAGGUAUAUUUUUGCUUGCUGCUACCUAUUAUGAACAAAUUAAUUGUAUUGUUUAGAUGCUAUGAUUCAGAAUCUUGUUGCAGUGUUAGGGAUUUUUCUGAUUUCGAGUAGCAGCUUUUAGUGAAAUCAUUCAUUGUGAAUUAUUUGCUGUUUACAUUUAUAUUUCCCUAGUUGCUUCUCCAGGGAUAACAGAAUAUUGAAAUUCUAGAUUUCAUUGUCA